AAAAGAAAAGAAAAAAAAAUCAAAAAAAAAAAUUCAUAUCAGCUAAAAGUUUUUAAAGCGAAACUAGUAAGCAAAUUAUUAGGGUAAACGGAAGUAAAACAUUUCUUAAAAUAGAGAAUCGAGUACGACUUUCAUUAUACAAUAAACUAUAGCGGAGAUUAUAUUACAUUUUUCGGCUGAACUUUUUCCAAACUUAAUAUAUAUAUAUAUAUAUAUUUUCUUACGUAACAAUAUAAUGCAGCUUAUCCUAAAGAAGAUUAGUUCAGAUUAUUUAGCAGCUAGAAUUAGGUUAGAUAACUUAGAGCUUAACUAAAUUCCAAAAUAGAUCUAGUACAGCAAUAUAAAGAUGCAAGCAAUUUUAGCAUUUAAGUAAUUAAAUGCCGAAGGCAACGAUAAUUACGGCUUCCAAUGUUUGAUGAAUACAAGAGACAAAAUUUAAUUUGCCGAUUUUUUCUUUAUAAAAUUGUACACGAGUGCGUGGAAAAGAAUUCAAUUGAAUUUAUUUCCUUUUUGCAAAUGCGACAGAGCUUCUCCUUCAACCUAAUAUAUUUGUCUUAGAGUGAAUCUUCUUCCGUUAUGUUGGAUAAGUACAUCUUGUAAAUUAAAACUAUAGCAUGUCUAGUAUGAAAGAUACGUACGAAGCGUAUGUGAAUCGUUUUGUCUCAGAUGACCAGUAACCAGAUCGGAUCGCAUUUACUAUCACAAUCAUUUAAAUCUUUUUAAAAAGAAGCUGAAAUCUUAAGUAAUUAUAUCGUUAGCUAAUCGCUUAUCUACAAUAGUCACAACAACAAUAACAACGUAAUCAGAAACCAACUUAACUAAAUCACAACUGAGCCAAUAUUAUGUACUCCAGUCCCCUAGCCAUACUUAGCAUUGACAGUUACCAAUGACCUAUGAUAAUAAAUAUGCUUUUAAAAUUCGUAGCUCUUGUAGUUGAGAAAUGAAAAAAAAAAAAUAUCCAAAAAUUUCAAAGAACGCCUUUAGUCGUUGAUUUAAAAUCAUACAAAACGGUUUUUAUUUUUUAAUUUUCCCUCCCCAGUGUAGUACCUUAGCAGUAAAUUAUGAAAUUUGAAAUUUUUUUGCCCAAAAAUAAUAACCGAAUUAUACACGUUUUCGUAUCGUUAAGCCGCAAUUAAAAAGAAUUAAAUUUUCAUGCUAAGAAAUUUCGAAAAAAUAAAACGCCAAACGUUGUUAUUUUCAAUUAGAAAAGUAUUGCAAGCGUGCAGCGGUGUGCAGAUGUGUGUGCGUGCAAGUGUGUUUAUAAAAUCUUAAAGAUUAACUCAUCAACGAAAAAAUAAAUAUAAAAUUCAAAACUAAACACACCCAGGUUGAGAGUACAAACCCAACGAGUUGCACUAACAACGCAUACGUGCCCGCAAAACUUAAUUUCUUGACAAAAAAAAAAAAAAAAAAAAAAAAAAACAAAAAAAAAAACAAAAGAAAAACAAAAAACUUUUGCAGAAAUGCUUUAAGAAAGUAAAAAAAAAAAAAAAACAAGUAUUUGUCCGCACAUUCACCACACACCCACACUCCUACUCAUACACAUAAACACGUAGAAUUCUACGUGUUAUAACACGACAUUUUGUUUCGCAUUUAAAAAGGAUCUCGAGAAUAACUGAAGAAAAUGUUUAGGUUAAUAACGUCGAACAUUUUGAUUGAGUUGAUGCUAUUAUUUUCGAUAGUGAUUGCACCAACUUUUGGGUUCUAUUGCCCAACGAGCUGUAAUUGCUUUCAGCGUACGGUACGAUGUAUCCGGGCACGUUUAACCAGUAUACCUAAAUUACCCCAAGAUGCAAACGUUGUGGAUUUACGUUUCAAUAGGUUUGAGGAGUUGCCAGCAAAUGCGUUCGAAGGCUUAACCCAGGUGACCACAUUGUUUCUAAAUGAAAAUGAAAUCUCAUAUGUAGAAGAGAGUGCUUUCGAUGGCUUAAAAUCCUUGAGGUUUCUCUAUUUGAAUAAUAAUCGCAUUAGUCGCCUGCCAAGCAACAUCUUUCAGCAAUUGAAGCAAUUGGAAGCCAUUUACUUAGAUAAUAACGAUAUAUGGCAAAUCGAUGCCAACACUUUCAGUGAUUUGCCCCGUUUAAAUCGCCUUUUUGUUUUCAAUAAUAAACUCACGAACGUACCAGUGAACGCUUUCAAUCGUUUGCCCAGUUUGAAACGUCUACGACUCGAUGAUAAUCCCAUUGACUGUAAUUGUGGUGUGUAUUCGUUGUGGCGUCAUCAUCAACAGCAUCCGCAACGCAAAGCCAUCACCAUUGCUCUGACUUGUGAGACGCCCGCCUCACUGUAUCGUUAUGGUUUUAGCAAUUUGCAGGAAUAUCAUUUCCAUUGCAAGAAGCCGGAAAUUAUAACGGCACCGCAUGACAUGCAUGCAACAACAGGUGAGACGGUGGAAUUGCCGUGUCGCAUGACCGGUGACCCGCAGCCGGAAAUAGUUUGGAUGCAAAACACAAAUGAAAUCAAUGCAGACUUUGCACCAAAAAUGCAAAUAUUACCUACGGGCACAUUGAAAAUCGAUGCAUUCAAUUCAAACGAUAUCGGCAUUUAUGAAUGUAUCGGUCGCAACGAGGUAGGCGAAACACGUACCCAACCCAUACGCAUAAUGAUGAUGAUGAUGACGCCGACGACGAUGACGACGACAACAAUGACGUUGCCGAAAAAGGGCACAAAUGCAAAUAAUAAUAAUAAUAAUAAUAACAAUCAAUAUGGACCGUACUAUAGCAGUGCUGGUGGCAGUCAUAACGACAACAAUAAUAAUAAUAAUAAUAACAACAACAACGUCUACGUUAGCAAUCAACUAUGGCAUGACCAACAGCACAUAGAAACCGAAGAGGCGCAACAACAUCAACUAGAGCUGAAUCCCAGGCAUACAAGUAAAUUAGCAACUAACACUGACAACAAUCGUGUCGAACAACACAGGAGCAGCAGCAAUACUAAUAGCAAUAAUAAUAAUAACAUCUGGCAUGCGUAUGUUCUGUCAUCUGAUGCAACUACACAAGGUCCAGCUAGCAAUGUAACGGGAUUAAUAGAGCAAGCGCAUCCACGUUUCAUUCAUACUCCCAAAGACCGCGUAGUGGCUGUAAGUGCUAUUGAAUCUCUACGGCUUGAUUGCGUAGCUGUGGGUUUCCCUACACCUGAGAUUCAAUGGUAUUUCAAUGGUCGUUUAGUUGCACAAUCAACCGAUGCACUACGCAUUCAAGCGAAUGGUAGUUUAGUUAUAACACAACCAUCAUUACAAAUGACUGGCGACUAUCGCUGUCUGGCCACAAAUCCGUUGGGUAGCAUAGAGGCGAACGCCAAAAUUGAAGUGAAAGAGUUACCUGAAAUAUUAAUGGCGCCGCAAAAUCAAACAAUUAAAAUUGGUAAAAGCUUUGUAUUGGAAUGUGAUGCGGAUGGUAAUCCGAUACCGUCGAUAACAUGGCAAUUUAAUGGUGCAGCCGUUGUGGUCAGCCAGCACUUGACGUUGGAAAACGAAAACACCGAAUUGAUUGUAAACAACGCUCAAGAAUCGGAUUCAGGCCUUUACACGUGCAUUGCCGAAAAUGAGAACGGACGAACAACAAUAGCGGCCACGGUGACCGUGGAAGGAAUGCUCGGUAUACCGCGCAUUUCUAUUGAGCCAUUCAACUUGGAAGCAUUUAUCGGCACCACAAUUGAAUUGCCCUGCAAAGCGGCAGAGCCCUCUGGCAUUAAGCUUACUUGGCGCAAAGAUGGACGACUUAUUGAUCCGAUAAUACUUUCUAGUGAAAAAUAUGAAAUCAGUGGUACUGGCAGCCUUUUUGUGAAAAACGUUACCAUUUUUGAUGGCGGACGAUAUGAGUGCUCUUUGAAAAAUGAAUUUGGCCGGGCAACCGCGUCAGCGUUAAUAACCAUUAGGAGUAAUGUGAAUUUGGCACCAGGUGAUCGUUAUGUGCGGAUAGCAUUUGCCGAAGCAGCUAAAGAGAUUGAUAUGGCGAUUAACAAUACUAUUGAUAUGUUGUUUAGUAAGCGUAAUCGCACCCGUCCAGACGGUCAGCAAGCGACUCCGAAUUAUGGUGAUUUAUUACGAGUAUUUCGCUUCCCCAACGGUGAGGCUCGCCAGUUAGCUAGAGCUGCCGAAAUUUAUGAACGCACUCUUGUUAAUAUACGAAAGCAUGUCCUUAAAGGCGACAAUUUAAGCAUUGAAAGUGACCGAUAUGAAUUUCGUGAUCUGCUGUCACGCGAACAUUUGCAUUUGGUAGCCGAGUUGUCCGGUUGUAUGGAGCAUCGAGAAAUGCCCAAUUGUACGGAUAUGUGUUUCCAUUCAAAAUAUCGAUCAAUUGAUGGGACCUGCAAUAAUUUGAAAAAUCCGGCUUGGGGAGCCUCUUUAACAGCCUUUAGACGCCUGGAGAAACCUAUCUAUGAAAAUGGCUUCAGUAUGCCAGUGGGCUGGAUGAAAGGCAAAUUAUAUAGUGGUUUUCCAAAGCCAAGUUCUCGUUUGGUAUCCACGUCAUUGAUUUCUACCAAAGAAACAACACCCGAUCAAAGUAUUACGCAUAUGGUAAUGCAGUGGGGACAAUUUCUGGAUCAUGAUUUAGAUCAUGCCAUACCUUCGGUUAGUUCGGAAAGCUGGGAUGGCAUAGACUGUAAAAAAACAUGUGAGUUUGCAUCACCCUGUUACCCUAUUGAGGUGCCACCCAAUGAUCCACGCAUAAAAAAUCGUCGUUGCAUAGAUGUUGUGCGUUCAAGUUCGAUUUGUGGUUCGGGUAUGACUUCGGUAUUUUUUGACAGCAUACAACAUAGAGAACAAAUUAAUCAACUUACCUCCUACAUAGACGCAUCACAAGUAUAUGGUUUUAGUGACGCUUUCGCUAAUGAGCUGCGCAAUUUGACUACCGAGGAUGGUUUACUGAGAGUGGGUGUACAGUUUCCCCAGCAACGCGAAAUGCUUCCCUUUGCUGCUCCACAGGAUGGCAUGGAUUGCCGCCGCAAUUUAGAUGAGAAUCAGAUGAAUUGCUUUGUAGCCGGUGACAUACGAGUCAAUGAACAGGUCGGCUUAUUGGCCAUGCACACGAUUUGGAUGCGCGAACAUAAUCGCAUUGCGAUCGAGUUUCGUCAUAUAAAUCCACAUUGGGACGGCGAUACAAUUUACUAUGAGACCCGUAAAAUUGUAGGAGCUCAAAUGCAACAUAUAACAUACAAACAUUGGCUGCCAUUGAUUAUUGGCGAAAGUGGUAUGCUAAUGUUGGGUAAAUAUAAAGGCUAUGAUGCCAAUGUGAACCCGACUAUUUCGAAUGAGUUUGCAACAGUGGCAUUACGUUUUGGUCAUACCUUAAUCAAUCCAAUUUUACACCGUUUGAAUUCAACAUUUCAGCCUAUACCGCAAGGGCACUUGCAACUCCAUAAAGCGUUCUUCGCACCUUGGCGAAUUGCUUACGAGGGUGGCGUAGAUCCGUUGAUGCGUGGCAUGUUUGCUACUGCAGCCAAGCUAAAGACACCCGAGCAAAAUCUUAAUACUGAACUAACUGAAAAACUAUUUCACACAGCACAUGCGGUAGCUUUGGACUUGGCUGCUAUUAAUAUACAAAGAGGUCGUGAUCAUGGUAUACCCGGUUACAAUCACUAUCGCAGAUUUUGCAAUUUAACUGUGGCAACAAGGUUUGAAGACUUAGCUAAUGAUAUAUCUAACAAAGAAGUUAGGGACAAACUUCAGGAAUUGUACGGUCACCCGGACAACAUUGAUGUCUGGGUAGGUGGCGUAUUAGAAGAUCAAGUUAAGGACGGCAAAGUAGGCCCGUUGUUCCAAUGUUUGCUGGUUGAACAAUUUCGGCGUUUGCGUGACGGUGAUCGUUUCUAUUAUGAAAAUCCUACAGUUUUUUUGCCCCAGCAGUUGGAGCAAAUUAAACAAACAAGUUUGGCCAGAGUACUAUGUGAUGACGGCGACCAGUUGGAGGAGGUUAGCGAAAAUGUUUUCAUAUUGUCUAGCUUGCAGGGCGGCUAUAAAAAAUGCGAAGACAUUGACGGAAUUAAUUUAUACUUUUGGCAAGAUUGUGCUACUUGCAGCAGUUUGCCGCCGCUAUUCGACACUUACAUACCCCAAACCUAUAAGAAAACAAAGCGAAGCAAAAGAUCUUUAGCAACCGAUCAAGCAGAGAUGGAAGAGAUUGAUUUGCCGCAAAUCGCAGAUCCUCACGACAAUAUAUUGGACAUGUUUGACGUAAACGAAGAACGCGUUAGUGGCCUAGAGGAAGUUAUCAGUAGUUUCCAAAAGGAGUUAAAAAAAUUGCAUAAGAAAAUUCAUAGGCUAGAGGAGACAUGUGAAGCCAAUAAUUCUAACGGCGGUACCGGAGGUGGAAGUAAUAGCGGUCUAGUUAUUAAUAAAGCUAAACGUAACCAUUGUGUAGAUGAGAAUGGUACUACUCGUCUAAAUAACGAAGUCUGGACACCAGAUUACUGCACCAAAUGCGAAUGCCGUCGCAAUCAAAUUACUUGCACACGCGAAAAAUGCGGUGAAAUACACUGUGAGCCGGGCAUUGAACCUCUUACACCACCGAUGGCCUGCUGUCCUCAUUGUCCACCGUUAAUUAAUAAAAUCGAGGAGAUCAAAACAUAAAUCCAAAAAUAGCAUAGAUGUUAUACUCUCUAGUUGCCAUUGAGAUUAAUAUUAAAAAAAAAAAAAAAAAAAAAAAAAAGGAAGAAAAAAAGCC